AUGAGCAUCCAAUAGUUUCCAAAUUAUUACCCUUAUGUCUUAGAACCUUAAGUGCCAUUUUAAGGAGAGAUCGAACAACAAAAACAAAGCUCCAGUUCAAAUUACAAUGAGUUUAACUUUAUCCAUCAGAAUUUUCAUCCUACAGCAUACCCUCAUUAUUAAUUCGAGUACGUUCAGGACCACGAAAUCCCAAGUUAAAUAAAGAAUAAAAAAAAUAAAAAGAACAAGUCCAACGAUUAAAAGGGGUUGUUGCCCAAAACCUUGGAAUCAGAAAAACAGGUGGUUGAAGAUCUUUAACAAAUGGCUGUGUAAUAACAAGGGGAGCAGAUGCUAAAGCCAAUAACUCCAUACCCAGUUCUACAUUUCGCACAGGGGAGUCCCAUGCCAAAGCUCCAAUCCGAUUUAGUUUCUAAUCAACAAAAUGAGGGGGCAGUAUCCCAGGAGGGUUCUCAAUAAACGUAAAAGUAGAAAGGAUAGAAUCAAUUAACUAAGAAACCUAAAAAAGAGAAUGUAAAUACUGGCCAUUGGUCAACUGAUGAGCAUACCACUUAUAUCCAAUUUCUACAAUAGUAUGAGAAUAUUAUGACAUCUUCAAUGAUGAAGAAAACCUCUAAGAUCUUCAAAUAGAUGAGUGAAUUGAUUGGAACCAGAACUCCUAGUUAAUGUAGGAGCCAUCAUUAGAAAUUCAAUCCCUAUGCAUUGAGAGGAGAAAACGGCAAACGCCUACCAAGAAGUGAAAGGAGUCGAGCUGGCAGAAAGAAGAAGAACCCACAAUCUGAUUUGCCUAAGGCAGAGGAAGCCAAUUUGAUUUUAAAUUAUGAAGCUGCCGAUCCUUACUAUUUUAUGUUGUUAGAACAAUAGAAAUACUACUACGCAGGUUUACAUUAGGAUUACUGGAACUAAGGAUAGGAAAUAGAAUAGAACUAGAAUAUCAAGAAGGAAGAAGAAGUCGAUCAUUUACAUCAUGGAUAAAUGUAAUAGCCAGAAUUUGAUGAAUAUUUAAGAUAUAGUUUCCAAAGGAACUUAAAUCAUCAGGAUUACAAUUUUGAAGUUAGAAAUUAGACAAUAAAUGAUUUAUUAAUAUGA